CGGUGGGACGCACUGAAGGCCGCUGCCACGAAGCCAAGGGCCAGAGGAACAGCCUCCCCAUGGAGAAGUUCAAGGCUGCCAUGCUGCUGGGGGCCGUGGGGGACGCACUCGGGCACAGAAACGCCCACAAGGACAGCAGUGCCUCAGGCAGGAAGGUCCGGGAGGGGCCGCAGACAAGCGGGGGCCUGGACCACCUGCUCCUCUCCCCAGAGACGUGGCCUGUGAGCGACAACACCAUCAUGCACCUGACAACGGCCGGGGCCCUGACCACAGACUACUGGUGCCUGGACGACCUGUACCGGGAGAUGGUGAGGCGCUACGUGGAAGUCCUUGAGAAGCUUCCGGAGCAUUGGGCAGAUCCAGCUACCCUGGAAGGCUGCUCGCAGCUGAAGCCGGAUAACUACCUCCUCGCCUGGCACACGCCUUUCAACGAGAAGGGCUCGGGGUUUGGAGCCGCCACGAAAGCCAUGUGCAUCGGCAUGCGGUACUGGAAGCCCGAGCGCCUGGAGACACUCGUCGAAGUGAGCGUCGAGUGUGGCAGGAUGACCCACAACCACCCCACAGGCUUCCUCGGGUCCCUGUGCACGGCCCUGUUUGCAUCAUACGCUGCACAAGGGAAGCCUCUGGAGCAGUGGGGCAGGGACAUGAUGCGGACGAUCCCUCUGGCUGAGGAAUACUGUAAGAAGACCAUCCGGCACCUGGCAGAAUACCAGGAGCACUGGUUUUACUUUGAAGCCAAAUGGCAGUUUUACUUGGAGGAGAGAAAGAUCAGCGACGACACGGGAAGCAAAGCUGUCUUCCCCGACCGCUACGACUCAGAGGAGAGGGACAAGGCUUACCGAAAAUGGAGCUCGGAAGGCCGAGGGGGCCGGCGGGGCCACGAUGCUCCCAUGAUUGCCUACGACGCUCUCCUAGGAGCAGGUGACAGCUGGGCAGAGCUCUGCCACCGGGCCAUGUGUCAUGGAGGCGAGAGCGGGGCCACGGGGACUAUCGCGGGCUGCCUGUUCGGGCUGCUGCACGGCCUGGACGCGGUUCCCACGGGCCUGUACCAGGACCUGGAGCACAAGGAGGAGCUCGUGCGCCUGGGCGAGGCUCUGUACCACCUGUCCACGGAGGAGAAGUAA